AUGAAGAUUGACGGCCGUACGUUCAUUAUUUCAGGCGGAGCCUCCGGCUUAGGUCAGGCCUGCGUGGAGGAAAUAUGCAGAAGCGGCGGCAAUGUCUCCAUCUUGGACAUGAAUGAGGACCUGGGCAACGAGCUGGUCGCCAAGCUGGGUUCCUCUGCCAAGUUCUUUGUCUGCGACGUUCUCGACACCAAGAGCAUCGAGGCCGCCGUCCAAGGCACCGCUGAGUGGGUGAAGCAAACCGGCAAGCCAGUGGGCGGCGUUAUCCCGGCUGCUGGUGUAGGAAACCCGGCAACGAUCCUCGACCGCGACGGCAACCCCUUCAGCCUCGACCAGUGGGACUUUGUCCUCAACAUCAACCUCCGCGGAACCAUCGACCUCACCCGCCAGGCCCUCGCCCUCAUGGCCAAGAACAAGCCUUCCUCGCCGGACGGUGAGCGGGGCGUCGUCAUCAUGGUCGCCUCGUCCGCCGCCUUUGACGGGCAGAAGGGCCAGGUUGCCUAUGCCGCCAGCAAGGGCGCCGUCACUGCCAUGACCCUCCCCAUGACGAGAGACCUUGCACGCUUCGGUAUCCGUGUCGUGACCAUCGCCCCGAGUCUGUUCGAGUCCCGCAUGACUGCCGUUAUGGGCAAGAAGGUCCGCGCUAGUCUGGAGAAGGCUAUGGAGUUCCCCGUCAGAGCCGGAAAGCCAGAGGAGUUUGCGGCACUGGCGAAGCAUGCAAUUGAGAAUGUGAUGCUUAACGGGACGGUGCUGCGGCUAGACGGAGGUAUGAGGAUGCCGAGUAAGAUGUAA